AUGGAUUUGGUUAAUGGAGGCACCAAUUGCAAAGGCAAUGAAAUUGUGCUCGAGAGUGGUGACAACCACCACAAUACGAGCAGCAGCAGCAGCCGCCACCACUACUACUCCUCUAGAGAAAUUCUUCAAAUUACUCUAAUAUUUUUCGUGAUGAUUGGUGUUUCCGGCUUAGUUCUUUACCAAUAUACCUAUCCUUCUCCAUUUUAUCAAAGAUCUUAUGAUCCAUCAUUCUCGCCUACGAAUCCUACGAAAGAAAACCAAUCUCCUCCGUCUCAUGGAGCCAUGCAAGGAAAUAAUACACCUUCUUCAUCUAAUGAUACUCCACCGGGGAACCAAAUUUCUCCGGGCAAUGAUGAUAAGUCAUUAGAAAAAGUAUUAAAUCAAGCAGCAAUGGAGGACAAAACCGUCAUCAUAACAACCCUAAAUGCAGCAUGGACAGAACCAAAUUCCAUAUUCGAUUUUUUUCUUGAGAGCUUUGCAAUUGGAAAUGAAACACAAAAUCUUUUGAAACAUGUAAUUGUCAUAGCCUUGGAUGCAAAGGCUUAUUCCCGUUGCUUAACAGUACAUACAAACUGUUAUGCUCUCAAAACCGAUGGCGUCGACUUUGCUGGUGAGGCCGUGUUCAUGACCCAAGAUUACUUGAAGAUGAUGUGGACAAGAAUCGAUUUUCUUAUCUCCGUUCUUGAGAUUGGAUACAACUUCGUUUUCACGGAUGCCGACGUAAUGUGGUUGAGAAAUCCGUUCCAUCGCUUUUAUUCGGAUGUUGAUUUCCAAAUCGCAUGCGAUCACUACUGGUUCAACUCGACCGACUUGCACAACUCACCGAAUGGAGGUUUCAAUUACGCUAAAUCCAACAAUCGGACAAUCCAGUUCUACAAAUUCUGGUACAAAUCGAAAGACAAGUUCCCAGGACAACAUGAUCAAGAUGUGCUUAACAUGAUAAAAUUCGAUCCCUUCAUUAAAGAAAUUGGAUUGGAAAUUAGAUUUCUUGAUACUGCUUAUUUUGGUGGGUUCUGUGAACCCAGCAAAGAUCUUAAUCUUGUGUGCACAAUGCAUGCAAAUUGUUGUAUUGGUUUAGAUAACAAAAUUCAUGAUCUUAAAAUGGUGAUUGAUGAUUGGAAAAAUUACACGUCAUCGCCGGAUCAUGAAAAGUUUACGAAAGUAAUAACUUGGACAGUCCCACGACGUUGUUUUUGA